AAUGCGAAUGCAAAUUAAAAUACUUUGCUUCUACGUACGUGUGUGUUGUUUUGCGACGAACAAACGUACGUACGUACGUACGUACGUACGUACGAACGUAUUGGGAAAAUGUUGCAAAGGCACGACGUGAAAAAUACGAACGAGUAUCGUUCGUACGAAAAAAUAUAAAAAUUUUAUUUCCAAUAAUUUUAAUCUUAAUAAAUCUUACGUUGUAAUGUUCUCUCGUCCACGCGUGUGUAUAAAUUCGCGUCUUAUUCGUCCUUGUUGUCUUACAGAUUUUCAAGGGCACGAGAAUUGUUCGUGCAACGUUUUGUGGAUUCUUUCUGCUUUUCGUAUCCCAAUACCAGGACAAAGAGCCAGUGUAUUCGGUGGCGCUUCUAUCAGUUCGCUCAACGUACCGAACGUGGACAAAAGAGUCGUGGCGUCCGUUUUGUUGACCGAUCGAAUUGUUGUCAAAGCGUUCGUCAACUUUUGAUACGGUGCUGUAUCGCUGCGCUCCAUAAUCGCAUCGGGCGAUUUAUUUUCAUAAAUCUUGUACGUUUCGAUAAUUUUGCCUGCGUCCUCUGCGCUCCAUGCCAAUAUUAACGUUAAAUCGGCAAGAAUGCAAAUUCUUGUCAAAUGCUUCAGAGCGUGAUGAGGCUCUGGCACGUCUACCUGCCGUAUUUGCACUCUCAAGUUGUACCUGUGUUCCAACGCCUUCAAACGUUCGUGGAUGUAGUCGGGAUUAAGUUGAUGAUAACGCAUGGAUAGAAAAAGGGCACAAGUAGUCUUUCCCAUAACGUAAUCUGGCACGAUUUCGCGAUAUUCCCAAGGGACGUUGGUUACAAACUUUAACAAUGGAUUUCCUUUUUGUUUCAAAUUCACUGAUAGCGUGUUAAAUUUCGAGGAAUCCGUGGCUUUGGAGGGCCCGGCUACCGGUUCGUUGAAAAAUUCCGAUUUCCUUGACUCGCCAACUGCGUCUGAGCGAGGAAAUAUUCCUUUUCGAGAUAUAAUUAGAUUUGUAUCGUUUGAUACGACCGAUACGAUGAUACGUAAAAAUAACUCACCUUGCAAAGAAUCAAUUUUAGUUCGUUUGGACGGAGACGCUUCGUCGUCGACUUUAUCUCCUUGUUCCAUUGUUCGUAUUUUUAAACGAGAUCUGUUGUUCGUCGAUUAAAAAGUCCCGAAGGAUAUAUCGCGACGUAACGUGUUACACGUUGCGUGACAAAGAUGAUCGAACGUGGAUACGUUUGUAGGUUAGAAUCGAUGGUUAGGACGAACAAACGACGAAACGACGAAACGACAAAGAUAAACCUUCGACGAACGUCGAAUUGUACUGGAUGCAAGAACGAUCGCGUUAAUAAACGAAUCGUGUGUGUCGAUGAUGCGAGUCGAAAUCGUUGUUAAAAAGAAUCGUUCGAUCGGUCGUGUGUCGUCUAUUUACUACGAACGACGUCGUGUCGUAUACGUCUGUCGCUCGUAACAUUUUUCCAUUGCAAAUCUUUAAAUCGCGCGUGCUAAAUCGCCUUUAAAUUGUUAACCUUUAAAUUCUUAACGUGCUAUUUAAAUUGUUAACGUGCAUGUACGAACUGCAAAGACGAGUAACGGUACUUUUUAUUUUCCCAUCUUGGCAACACUGACGAUUGAUAACAUUUGACGACAUGUUAAUUCGGUGUAUUUUUCUACUGAAUCAACCGAGUCGCUAUUUCGAUCGUGCAUCUUUGUCAACAUGUUGGAAUUAAAAUGGGAUGAAUGUUGGUGCGUAUUUUAGAACUGUUGGAGCGAGUUCGUCGAUAACGAAUCUUCGCAGAUGUAACGAAAAGUUGACUUAUCGACGAGACGUAACCUAAAAUUUUUAAAUGAACGAGGAAACGUCGGAGAUCAAAAGUGCCAAACGUACUUCUUGGAAGGAUGUCGGCGUAUCGGAUCCACGAGCACGGUUGAAGUCUCUCUCCGAUUAUGCUUCCAUGGUAGAACUGGACCGUAACAUUCCACCUCAAAGAUAUUAUCGCUCCGGCGUAGAGAUGAUCAGGAUGGCAGAUAUGUGCAUGAAAGACAACGAUCUCGAAUACGCGUAUAUUUUAUAUGUCAAAUUCAUAACGAUUUUUGUUGAAAAAAUAAGAAAUCAUCCGCAGUUUAAUACGGUACCGUUGAAGGAUAAGGAACAUAAUCAACAAACAUUGCGCAAAGUACUUCCCAAGGCUGAAGAGUUGAAGAAACAAUUACUGGAACAAUAUCGGACAGAGUAUAACAAGUAUCUGGAAGAUAUAAAGGAGAGAGAAAAAAUUGAAAAGGAAAGGCUGAAACAGGAAGAACUGAAAAAGUUGAGAGAAGAGGAAGAGAGGAAAAACAAAUUAGCUGCAUUAGCAGCUGUCAAAGCAGCAAAGGCUGCUAUGACUGCGAGUGCAACGUCUCCGGAAGAUGGCAAGGUUAAAAGAAUCACCGGUGUAUCGUCGAGAGCGUUAGUAAGUCCAUCUAGUGAUAUAAUUGCGCAAACAUCCAGAGAGAAACCCGCUGUAGAUCGUUCGACGAAACCUUCCUUGCUUUGCGACAGUUUCGCUUUGAGAGACGUAGUACUGCCGACUAAAUUAAUGCACAACUUUCUCGUGUUGGCUUUCGCUAAUACCACGAACAAUAAAGAAACUUGUGGUAUAUUAGCUGGAAAAUUAGAAAGAAAUAAAUUAGUAGUUACUCAUUUGUUGAUUCCUGAACAAACUGGAUCUCCAGAUUCUUGCGUGACGCAUAACGAAGAAGAUAUAUUUGAUUAUCAGGAUCAACAUAAUUUGAUUACUCUUGGUUGGAUACAUACACAUCCUACACAGACUGCCUUUUUGUCUAGUGUUGAUCUUCAUACGCAUUGCGCGUAUCAACUUAUGAUGGCUGAAGCGAUCGCCAUCGUUUGCGCUCCUAAAUACGACGAGACAGGGUUUUUCAUCCUAACUCCGGAAUAUGGAUUGGACUUUAUUGCUAAUUGCAGAGAAACUGGAUUUCAUCCGCAUCCAACGGAUCCUCCGCUGUAUACGAAAGCAAAACAUUGUAAAUUGGAUGUAACUGCGGUGAUAGAAGUGGUGGACCUGAGAAGAAAAUGACAUCUUUCACGCGUGUAUGCACGUUUUUCCACCUGUGUAUACUUCGACGUGUCCAAUUACCGUGUAACACGUUGCGUAUUUAACUGUGAAAUACCUUGUACCGAGCGAAAGGGAUGGGAAAUUGCAAACGUUUAAGCUCUUACCUCUAACCUCUUCGGUACGAUUGUUGACUGAAAAUGCAUACGUAUCGACUCGAUUGUCGACUCGAAUCGAUACUCGUCGAAUUGUAUACGGCAAUUGUACGCUUUAAAACGCGUAUUUUUACUGUUUACGUAAAGCUUGCGUAAGCUUGGAAAUUCAUCUUUCGGAAAAAAUUACAAAAUUCUUUUUUUACGACAUUUUAGCCGAUGAAGGCAUUCCAUGUGCAACGCACUGCUCUGCAAUGUUACACGACUCGAGUAAUUGCAGUAAUUCGCGUUUUAACUUUAUUUAUUCGGUUCUUGCAUUUUACUUUUUUUUAUGUUUCGCCUUAUAUUUAACGAUAAUAAUAAUAAUUCGUAGAUAAAUCGACGUAACAUCGACUUGUUACUUCUUACUUGAUCGUAAUUCGUAAUUUGUUGAUCAAUUUCUGUACGCGUGUAUUGUCGUCGAUCGAUAGUGUCGCGUCUAUCAAUCUUGCUCUUGAUCUUUAAUUUUUCAACUGAUUUUUGAAAAUUAUUCAGAGACGCGGUACGCGUGUUAUUACGUUUGCGAUGUUUUGUUGCAACACGUGCGAAACUCUCGCUCUCGCUCUCGGUAUUAAUCAAUAUCGAAUGGUCAACGAACCUCGUACCGAAAAGGAUAAAGAAUAUAGAAAUUUAGUAAUAAUUGCAAAGCUUUCAAUAUUUUUAUGACAAAGCGUUUAAUAUAUUAAAAAUCUAUGAUAUAUUUAAAGUAUAUCGUGCAUUUACAAUCGGUAGAAUGAAAUUAGUCAAAUGCGAGUGCAAUGUUUAAAUGGAGGAUUAUAGCUAGAGUUGACGCGAGAAAAUUUUUAUAUAAUUUAAGAAAUUUAAGUUAAGAUUAAUUGCAAGUUUUUCGACCGAAGAAAUAAGCGUUGUCGUACGUACGUUGUAACAGGUAGUAUCGUCGUAGACGUUUUCAUUUCGCGAGCGUAUGCGAUAAAUUUUCAUCAUCCUCUCGUAUAACGAAAGUAAUAGUCUCGCUUGCCUAUAAUUUAUACGAAAGUAGAAUAUUUAGAGAUAGCGUGAUACGAAAUAUCACGUGCUUCUACUAUUUCUUCAGGACAAAAUUCCGAAAUGCGCGUAGUCGAUUAACGUGUAAAAUUUGACAGAUAUAGACGGACGAUGUGUGAGCCGAUAAAUGUGAAAUUCACUUCCGUUUUGGCAGUUUAUGUGUUUAAAAAAUUAUUUCAACGAUGCGACGUGUGCGUUCGCGUUCCAAAAAUCCACCAAAUGCACCUCUGACCAUUGGCGUUGUUUUCUUAUAAAUUCGACGGCCAAACAUCGUUUCAUCGAUUUCAAUAAUUUUUCGAAACCCGUAUCGAUUCGUAUUCGCCAUUCGCUAUUCGCUAUUCGCUAUUCGCUAUUACGUGUGCAACGUAAGAGUAAAUCGCCAACGUUACGUAAAUCUUUGAGAAAAAUAAUACGCAAGACUUGACCGAGUCUUCCAUUGGAAUAUUUGGUUGGUGACGUUCGAAUCUAAAUUUCUAGAUAUACUGAAAAAACAAACUUUUCAUCGUUUUCUGAUGACACACGCGUCAUUGAUACCUCUGAUUUUGCGGACGCUUGGAUGUUUCACGUAUCUUCUCGCGACGUUUUCUCUUUCGAGCGAGUCUUUUUACAUUUUAAUUCCUUUGGGAUUACCGUUGAUGUUGAUGAAAUCGUUACGGCGAGUGUUGUUAUUAGUAGACUGACGAACAAACGGACGACGAUUUCGAUCGAUUUCGAAAUUUUCGACGAUUCUCUGCUUUCGCAAGAAGACGGGAAUUUUCUUCCGACAGGAAUUAGAAAAGAACGUAAACGAGUCGUAUAUCGAUCGUAUCACUUUUCGUACGUUCGUAUUACGUAUUUCUCGAUCGUGCAUGCAGAUGUUCGGCGUAUAAUCGGCAUCGCCGAAUGCAAACUAACUGACGUUCUUGCGUAUUUUGAUAUCCGAUCCUGAGCCCACGAAAUCUACCAAUUUUUCGUCUACCAGAUCUACCAGAUCUACCAGAGAUCCAUCACGGGUGCCAUUUGGAACUAGAGCAUUUUUUCGUAACGUAUUUAUAUUUAUUUAUUUACUCGGGUGAUGAGUCGUUGAAGGCGCCGGAGAAUUAGAACAAUGUACGAGGAAAACUUUUACGAAUAUUAGCGGUGCGCGAAAUAAGUUACGUGCCUUUCAUGGAAAAAUAAUGGUGUUCAUACUGUCAUGUUAAUCGCGUAAAAUGAAAUAUGUUCAACGUUUAAUCGUAGAUAAUGUGCACGAUAUAUUGUGGAUAAUUAAAUUAGUUGAUUACACGCGAUCGGGUCGUUCGACGAUCGCGUGUAAUGAAAUCGUAACGUAUCGUUACGUAACAUGGUAAUCUAAAAAUCAAUAAAUACAUUGACACGCUGUGCUAGUCAUAAUUUAAUAUAUCGAGCUUGUUACGAAAUAUAUUGGAUAUAUUAACAUUGUGCGAUGCUUCGUUCGUUACGUGUGUGUCUCUCUGUCUCACGACUGUCUCAUACUGUCGUUACUGUACUGUGUACUGUACUGUGUACCGAACAAAGAAUUGGACAGUGGGCCGCGUGGAUUGGACAGGUGCGCUGCGUCCGCAUUGAUCGACCGGUGUAAAAGUACUUCGUACUGGUAGUUUGUACCUGAAAUCAUUUCUCUGUACUUAAGGAAAUUCGAUUACACGCGCUUGCACGCUGUUUGCGAGAUUAGAUACUUCUCCCUAUCUCUCAUAAACGUACAAUGUAAUGCAACGUUUCGUACGUGUAAGCAAAUUGUCAUCAUUCCUUGCCGGCGAUUCUUUUUUUCUUUUUGCACGCCCUCGCGGGGUGCAAUAACGUCGACUCGUGUCGACUUUUGUUGAAAGCAGAAAUAUUUUAAUCGCCGUAAGCGUAUUAUUAUUCGCGCGGUGGAACGGGCGAGCUACCGGGAUUCGCGAGGGAUUCACGUGUAAAUUCCAAUUGGCGCGAAAGAUUUACAAAGAUUUGUACAACGCAACACUUUGUACCGGAAGUUGUGUCGCGUGAAUGUCGCAAACAUGCGCAAACGCAACGCAACGCAACGCAACGCAACGCAACGCAACGCAACGC